CCAGUGGGCGGGGCUAUGGGGGGUGAGGCCCCGCCCACCGCGCGGGGCACGCCGGGAGUUGUAGUCCGGGCGGUGCCGCCGCCGCCAUGGCCCCCGCCGCUCUGGCGCUGGCCGUGGCCCUGCUGGGGGCCGCCCCCCCCGGCGCCGCCGCCGCCUGGGACCUGCGGGCGCUGCGCUGCGGCCUCUCCGCGGACUGCGAGUCUGGAGUGCGACCUGGCCCUCAGCCUGGUGGGGCAGCCCCUGGUGCGGCAGCAGCUGAUGAAGGGGCUGCAGCAGUUCCUGCACGGCCCGAGCCCCGCCAAGCCCCUGGUGCUGUCCUUCCACGGCUCCACGGGGACGGGCAAAACCUACGUCAGCUCCAUGCUCGUCCGCCACCUCUUCCAGGGCGGGCUGGGCAGCCCCUACGUCCACCACUUCUCCCCCAUCGUGCACUUCCCCCACGCCGAGCACAUCGAGCAGUACAAGGAGAACCUGAAGCGCUGGAUCCAGGGCAACUUGACGAGCUGCGGCCGGUCGGCCUUCCUUUUCGAUGAGAUGGACAAGAUGCACCCAGGCCUGAUCGACGUGAUCAUGCCCUUCCUGGGCCCCUCCUGGGUCGUGUAUGGCACCAACUACCGCAAAGCGAUCUUCAUCUUCAUCAGCAACGCAGGAGGGGAGCAGAUCAACGAGAUGACGCUGGAUCUGUGGCGGGCCCACAGGGACCGGGAGGAGAUCAGCCUGCAGGACGCGGAGUCAGCCAUCUCCAAGGCCGUGUUUGAAAACCCUCAGAGUGGGUUCUGGAAAUCUGGGAUCAUUAAUGAACAUCUCAUUGAUUUCGUCGUGCCCUUCCUCCCCCUGAAGCGCCACCACGUGAAGCAGUGCGUCGUCAACGAACUCAUCCAGCAGGGCCUGGAAGUACGUCAGGACGUGGUCCAGGAGGUGGCUGACAGCAUCCCCUACUUCCCAGAAGAAGAGAAAUUAUUUUCAUCAACAGGCUGCAAAACAGUGGCCUCUCGGAUCAGUUUUUUCUUCUAGCCACUGUCAGGGGCCUUGCUCGGCUCCACGGGGAACAAAUACGGAGCUGUGGAGCUGCAGAGCCCAGGGCUGGCAGGAUGAGGCCCAGGUAGCACAAGUGCCCUCCUGCUGAUCUCCUCUCUCCAGCCCCAAGGAUGCCACUGCAGGAUGCAGCUGCGGGAGCCAGUGCAAGUGAUGUGAUUUAAAGCACUUUAUGGAUUUAUCCUAUGCCAGGUGAGGGUGGAUACGACCAGCCUGGUGCACCGCCCAAACAUCUGUGAUGAAAAGGGGAAGAUGCCAAGAGGGACCACAGCGUCAGGGAGGUUUCUCACCCUGCCGGCAGCACCAAUCUGCAGCUCUCCCCUCUUCUGGCAGCUACUGAUCCACUGCAUCAAGAUUCUGAGCCCCAAAAAUAUUUUUUUAAUACAGCAUUUUAGCUUUUUUUCUUUUAACUUUUUAAGCAUGGCAGUACCUCAGUUCCUUGGUACAAUGUGACAGCGUUGGCAUUGACUUCUGCACCGCCGGCUGGUGAACACCUUCAACAUUGCAGCAAAGUUUUCUUCUCAAGGGAUUUUUAGAGCCAACUUCUUUCCAGUUUCCUUUCACUGUGAAUAGGUGCUGGUAGGGACCAGCUUCACCAUCAAGAAGCAUGGGGUCAUAAUGAGGGAAAAGUCAAUGCCCAACCCACCAAGAGCCCAGCUCUUCCUUGUCUCCCCGUCCAUCUUUCCCCUGAGGUCCUGCAGCAAACCAGGAAAACAAAACAAAACACCAGACCUCACCGUUGUUUUACUAGCUACAAAAAAAAAAAAAGUUUGUGCCUACCUCCAGGGGAGACUGUGGUGCUACAAAUGGUUUUUAAAAUUCCUUUUAUUCAAUAUUGAUUUCUACAGCAGACUGAGGAGUAGGUGCUAUCAGCUGCUGAGCCUCUUUUACGUCUUUCUACUGGUCAGACCUCGCAAACUUUGGCUGGGCCAGCUCUGCUGAGCUUCCUGGGGGCGCCACUUACGUGGGAACCUGAGGACAAGCGAGAGAAGAGCGGCACUCCGAGCUGUCAGGCAUGGGGUGCGUGGCACUGCUGGCCUUUGUCCUGUGUUAAUCUCUGCAGUUACUGGAGCACAGGUCAGAGGAACCAGAACCAUUCAGUCUCUGGGAACAAAAUUCUCAAGGGGUGGGUGAACAGGGACGUUCUGAUGCUCCCCUCAGGCCCUGUGCUGAAACUGCCAGUGCUUGGGACCAUUCCAGCCUGCCUCCAGAGCCACAGCUUGUGGGACAGCGACUGCAGGCACCACCCAGCUGUGGCCUGGGAGCUGGCCCACAGACAGGCUCAAACAUCCUGCCUCUUUCAGAAACGUUAGAGGUUUCUAAUUUUAAAAUAAAUCUUUUAUGAAAUAAA